AUGACCUCUACGCCUAGAAAAAAACUCAGGGAUUAUCAUAGAACCGACUUUUGCAAUAACAAGUUUGCCGAAUUUUCAGAAAAAUAUAUGGUACUUAAUGCAAACAAUAUAUUGUUUUACGAAAAAUGUUGGAUUGGAGUGAUAACUAACGAAGAUGCAAGCAUCGUAUGGCAAUCGUCGAGAUUGCCGAUCAACGAAGAUUUUUUAAGUUUCAUCGAUAAGAAAAAUGUUAUACCAAAAUCUUCGUAUGGAUAUACAGAACACUCGACGUGGUAUUUUAAAGAUGAAAACGAUUUGUAUGGAUUGAAUUGUGGAAUUUGUCAGAUGAAGAUCAGUUUUUCCCCCAAACGAUUGCAGAUUUUUCUUGAUCUUUUCGAAACCGAAAUACAAGUGACUGUGGAAAACACAGUGAAUGCUUUAAAUAAUAAAAUUUAUUGUUACAGCGGAACUAAAACCUAUGCAUUUUCAGACAGACUGGAAUUUCAAGCUUAUGAUAAUUUUGCUAUUACUUUUAACCCUUUUUAUUAUUUUUGGUGUGAAGCAUUCGAUGUAAAUUUUAAAUCUUACGUUAAAAGUAAUAUAAUUUUUAACAAAUAUUAUGAUACAGCGCUGGAUUACGUGGUUGAAAUGCAUAUAUAUAAUUUAGAUGAUCCUUUUAAACCUGAUGUAAACCAAUUAAAAAUAAUAUGCGAGGGGUUAGAAUGUACAAUAAAACCAUUUCAAAUUAUAGACAUAAAUGAAACAUAUUCCUCGAUUCUUUUUCAUCUCAACUUUUUUCAACCCUUUACCAAUUCAGAAUAUGAAAUAGAAUGGAUAAAUAAAUGCAGCAGUUUUCAUAACUCCUAUUUCUUAUGUAAGAGCAUCAGAAAAACAUAUACAUGCUUGGAAAGAACAAAAGAUGGUUUACUUUGGCCAACGACGGGAAUAGGAAAAAUUGCCGUUCCAAACAACUGUUCAGAGACUCCGAUAAAAAGUACGUGUGAAGGAAAUUUUACAGACGGAGCUUCCUGGUCAUCACCAACAGGUACCUAUACGGUUUGCGAUAAAGUCACCAGCCAACUUCAUGACUUAUUCGUAUCAAAUAAUACGGAAGAAACUAUUGAAGUUUUAAGUAAUAUGUCGGCCAACUUUCAUAAAACUGUAACGUUGAUGCAGAUGCAGUAUUCAGCAAUGCUUGUUUUAAAUUUUGCCAGAUCUUUAACUUUAACUACUGGUAACGAUAGUUUUUACAACGUGGUUGAUAAUAUAAUAAGAAGUGACAGAGCGGUUUUAAAAGAAUCACAAUCCGAAAUGAAUUCAACUGAUAUUGUAUUGGAUUCAUUGGAAACAUUUAAUCUGAAACAAGACGUUGAUGUGGAAAUCAACAGUGAAGGUUAUUUUGUGAGGAAAAAUCGAAUUAGCUCGACACACGUUGGUUGGAUGAUAUUCAAAAAUAACACCAUAAAGCCCAUUUCGAAGCAGUAUAAUCAGGGGGAAAUUUUGGGGGAGGGUCCUAUAGUGGUUGCUUAUUUUACAGGAAUUUCACAGUUCAAUAAUUCUCAUACAGCAAUUUUUUCAUUUUUCAAAGAUAAUAGUUUAUUCAAUGAUGACAAUGCCAGUAGUUUACCAUGGGUUGUAAGUGUCUCAGUUCCUGGGUUUGAUGAGAAACUAAUUUCGCCCAUCCGAAUUCUUUUAAAACGGACUAAUAAUACGUUUAAAACGCUUUCUUGUUCUCAUUGGUACUAUGGUCGAGAUGAAGAAGAAUUAAACAUACAAGGGUUUUGGAAGAAUGAUAACACUACAUCAUUGCAGGAUGGUGAAUAUUUGAUUUGUGAAUAUAAUCACAUGACAAAUUUCGGAAUGCUUCUUAGUGAUGAAGUGACAGAUAGUUUCGUGCUGAACUUCAUCACCAUAGUGGGAAUUUCUUUAUCUAUAACUGGGGCUUUAUCAGUUAUAGCUUCGACUCUUAUUUUUAAGAAAGUAAAGGAUAAAAAAAAUAUCAUUAUAAUUUUAAAUUUUCUUUCGAGUAUCAUUUUAUUACCGCUGGCUUUAUUUGUUUCCAAUGUAAUCGAUGAAGGCACCUCCUGUAAAGUUGCAGAUGAAUUGUGCCCUCAAGAAUUUAAAUAUCAUCCUGGAGGAUAUUGUUACAUUAUUAUAAGUUCAACGUUCAAAAAACAAUCAUGUCCAUACUUGAACAAUAUUUAUAUACAUCGCAUUUAUCAAGAAAUAAACCAAAGUACAUAUUUACCAGUAAGUAGAGAUUCUUUAACUGAACCUUUUGUGCUGAGGACACAGGCACAAUACGGUGAAAUUUUUAAGAAAACUUUAUCACAAAAAAAAUCAAAAGGAAAUUGUUUGUACUUUAACGUAGAUAAUGGAUUGAUUCAUCCCGUAGAUUGCAAUUCCAAAUUAAACAGGAUUUGCUUAUACGAAAUAAGAAGUGAUUGCAAGGUCAAUUCUGGUUUUAGUUAUUUUACUAAACCAGAAAUUUGCUACUCAGUUACAACUACUAAAAUGACCUCUACGUCUACAAAAAACCCCGGGGGUUAUCAUAGAACCGACUUUUGCAAUAACAAGUUUGCCGAAUUUUCAGAAAAAUAUAUGGUACUUAAUGCGACAAACAAUACCAGAGAAUGUUGGAUUGGGGUGAUAACUAACGAAGAUGCAAGCAUCGUAUGGCAAUCGUCGAAACUGCCGAUCAAUGAAGAUUUUUUAGGUUUCAUCAAUAAGACAAAAGUUAUACCAAAAUCUUCGUAUGGAUAUACUACUAAAGACUUGAAGUGGAAUUUUAAAGAUAAAAACGAUUUGUAUGGAUUGAAUUGUGGAAUUUGUCAGAUGAAGAUCAAUUUUUCCCCCCAACGAUUGCAGAUUUUUCUUAAACUUUUUAAACUUUUAGAAACCAAAAUAGAAGUGACUGUAGAAAACGCAGUGAAUGCUUUCAAUAACAGAAUUUAUUGUUACUGCGGAACUAAAACCUAUGCAUUUUCAUACAGACUGGAUAAUCAAGCUUAUGAUAAUUUUGCUGUUAAAAUUUAUAGGCCUUUUUAUUAUUUUUGGUGUGAAGCAUUUGAUGUAAAUUUUAAAUCUUACGUCAGAAGUAAUAUAAUUUUUAACAAGUAUUAUGAUACAGCACUGGAUUACGUGGUUGAAAUGCAUAUAUAUAAUUUAGAUGAUCCUUUUAGACCUGAUGUAAACCAAUUGAAAAUAAUAUGCGAGAAGGCAGGUUGUACAUUGAACCCAUUUAAAAUUAUAGACAUAAAUGAUACAUAUUGCUCGAUUCUUUUUCAUCUUAACUUUUUUCAACCCUUUACCAAUUCAGAAAAUGAAAUAGAAUGGAUAAAUAAAUGCAGCACUUUUCAUACCUCCUACUUCAAAUGUAAGAGCAUUAGAAAAACGUAUACUUGCUUGGAAGAAACAAAAGAUGGUUUGGUUUGGCCAACAACGGCAAUAGGAAAAAUUGCCGUUCCGAACAACUGUUCAGAGACUCCUAUAAAAAGAAGUUGUGAAGGAAAUUUCACAUUUGGUGCUUCAUGGUCAGCACCAACAGGUACCUAUACGGUUUGCAAUAAAGUCACCACCCAACUCCAUGACUUAUUCGUAUCAAAUUGUACGGAAGAAACUAUUGAAGUUUUAAGUAAUAUGUUGGCCAACUUUCAUAAAACUGUAACGUUGAUGCAGAUGCAGUAUUCAGCAAUGCUUGUUUUAAAUUGUGCCAGGUCUUUAACUUCAACUGCUGGUAACGACAGUUUUUACAACGUGGUUGAUAAUAUGAUGAGAAGUGACAGGUCGGUUUUAAAAGAAUCACAAUCCGAAAUGAACUCGACUGAUAUUGUAUUGGAUUCACUGGAAACAUUCAAUCUGAAACAAGAUGUUGAUGUGAAAAUCAACCGUGAAGGUUAUUUUGUGAGGAAAAAUCGAAUUAACACGACACACGUUGGUUGGAUGGUAUUCAAAAAUAACACCAUAAAGCCCAUUUCGGAGCAGUAUAAUCAGGGGGAAAUUUUGGGGGAGGGUCCUAUAGUGGUUGCUUAUUUUACAGGAAUUUCACAGUUCAACAAUUCUCAUGCAGCAAUUUUUUCAUUUUUCAAAGAUAAUAGUUUAUUCAAUGAUGAUAAUGCCAGUAGUUUACCAUGGGUUGUAAGUGUCUCAGUUCCUGGGUUUGAUCAGAAACUAAUUUUGCCCAUCCGAAUUCUUUUAAAACGGACUAAUAAUGCGUUUAAAACGCUUUCUUGUUCCCAUUGGUUCUAUGGUCGGGAUGAAGAAGAAGUAAACAUACAAGGGUUUUGGAAGAAUGAUAACACUACAUCAUUGCAGGAUGGUGAAUAUUUGGUUUGUGAAUAUAAUCACAUGACAAAUUUCGGAAUGCUUCUUAGUGAUGAAGCGAAAGAUAGUUUUGUACUGAACUUCAUCACCAUCGUGGGAAUUUCUUUAUCUAUAACUGGGGCUUUAUCAGUUAUAGCUUCGACUCUUAUUUUUAAGAAAGUAAAGGAUAAAAAAAAUAUCAUUAUAAUUUUAAAUUUUCUUUCGAGUAUCAUUUUAUUACCGCUGGCUUUAUUUGUGUCCAAUGUAAUCGAUGAAGGCACCUCCUGUAAAGUUGCAGAUGGUUUGGUUUGGCCAACAACGCCAAUAGGAAAAAUUGCCAUUUCAAAGAACUGUUCAGAGACUCCUAUAAAAAGAAGUUGUGAAGGAAAUUUCACAUAUGGUGCUUCAUGGUCAACACCAACAGGUACCUAUACGGUUUGCGAUAAAGUCACCACCCAACUCCAUGACUUAUUCGUAUCAAAUUGUACGGAAGAAACUAUUGAAGUUUUAAGUAAUAUGUCGGCCAACUUUCAUAAAACUGUAACGUUGAUGCAGAUGCAGUAUUCAGCAAUGCUUGUUUUAAAUUGUGCCAGGUCUUUAACUUCAACUACCGGUAACGACCGUUUUUACAACGUGGUUGAUAAUAUGAUGAGAAGUGACAGGUCGGUUUUAAAAGAAUCACAAUCCGAAAUGAACUCGACUGAUAUUGUAUUGGAUUCACUGGAAACAUUCAAUCUGAAACAAGAUGUUGAUGUGAAAAUCAACAGUGAAGGUUAUUUUGUGAGGAAAAAUCGAAUUAGCUCGACACACGUUGGUUGGAUGGUAUUCAAAAAUAACACCAUAAAGCCCAUUUCGGAGAAGUAUAAUCAGGGUGAAAUUUUGGGGGAGGGUCCUAUAGUGGUUGCUUAUUUUACAGGAAUUUCACAGUUCAACAAUUCUCAUGCAGCAAUUUUUUCAUUUUUCAAAGAUAAUAGUUUAUUCAAUGAUGAUAAUGCCAGUAGUUUACCAUGGGUUGUAAGUGUCUCAGUUCCUGGGUUUGAUCAGAAACUAAUUUUGCCCAUCCGAAUUCUUUUAAAACGGACUAAUAAUGCGUUUAAAACGCUUUCUUGUUCCCAUUGGUUCUAUGGUCGGGAUGAAGAAGAAGUAAACAUACAAGGGUUUUGGAAGAAUGAUAACACUACAUCAUUGCAGGAUGGUGAAUAUUUGGUUUGUGAAUAUAAUCACAUGACAAAUUUCGGAAUGCUUCUUAGUGAUGAAGCGAAAGAUAGUUUUGUACUGAACUUCAUCACCAUCGUGGGAAUUUCUUUAUCUAUAACUGGGGCUUUAUCAGUUAUAGCUUCGACUCUUAUUUUUAAGAAAGUAAAGGAUAAAAAAAAUUUCAUUAUAAUUUUAAAUUUUCUUUCGAGUAUCAUUUUAUUACCGCUGGCUUUAUUUGUGUCCAAUGUAAUCGAUGAAGGCACCUCCUGUAAAGUUGCAGCUAUUGAUUCAGAUGAAUUGUGCCCUCAAGGGUAUAAAUAUCAUCCAGAAGAAUAUUGUUACAUUAUUAUAAGUUCAACGUUCAAAAAACAAUCAUGUCCAUACUUGAACAAUAUUUAUAUACAUCGCAUUUAUCAAGAAAUAAAACAAAGUACAUAUUUACCAGUAAGUAGAGAUUCUUUAACUGAACCUUUUGUGCUGAGGACUCAGGAACAAUACGGUGAAAUUUUUAAUACAACUUUAUCACAAAUAAAAUCAAAAGGAAAUUGUUUGUACUUUAACGUAGAAAAUGGAUUGAUUCAUCCCGUGGAUUGCAAUUUAAAAUUAAACAUGAUUUGCUUAUAUGAAAUAAGAAGUGAUUGCAAGGUCAAUUUCAGUUUUAGUUAUUUUACUAAACCAGAAGUUUGCUACUACCAGCAAUACAAUCCUCAAUUAAACAAUUCUGUUGAUGGUACAGCGUUAAAUAAACCUUUGACCUAUAUUAAAAGAAGUUUGGGUUUAGUUGAUGUGUCGACCAAUAAAUUAUCUAUCCUUAAUAUGGAAACUAAUACUACUGAAACAUCAACGUCAACUUCUUCGACUACUACCGAGCCAUCUACAACUACUGAAAUGACCUCUACGUCUACAAAAAACCCCGAGGGUUAUCAUAGAACCGACUUUUGUGACAACAAGUUUGCCGAAUUUUCAGAAAAAUAUAUGGUACUUAAUGCGACAAACAAUACCAGAGAAUGUUGGAUUGGAGUGAUAACUAACGAAGAUGCAAGCAUCGUAUGGCAAUCGUCGAAAUUGCCGAUCAAUGAAGAUUUUUUAAGUUUCAUCGAUAAGACAAAAGUUAUACCAAAAUCUUCGUAUGGAUAUACAAAAGACUUGAAGUGGUAUUUUAAAGAUGAAAACGAUUUGUAUGGAUUGAAUUGUGGAAUUUGUCAGAUGAAGAUCAGUUUUUCCCCCCAACGAUUGCAGAUUUUUCUUGAACUUUUCGAAACCGAAAUACAAGUGACUGUAGAAAACACAGCGAAUGCUUUCAACAACAAAAUUUAUUGUUACAGCGGAACUAAAACCUAUGCGUUUUCAGACAGACUGGAAUUUCAAGCUUAUGAUAAUUUUGCUGUUACUCUUAACCCUUUUUAUUAUUUUUGGUGUGAAGCAUUCGAUGUAAAUUUUAAAUCUUACGUCAAAAGUAAUAUAAUUUUUAACAAAUAUUAUGAUACAGCGCUGGAUUACGUGGUUGAAAUGCAUAUAUAUAAUUUAGAUGAUCCUUUUAAACCUGAUGUAAACCAAUUGAAAAUAAUAUGCGAGAAGGCAGGUUGUACAUUGAACCCAUUUAAAAUUAUAGACAUAAAUGAUACAUAUUGCUCUAUUCUUUUUCAUCUUAACUUUUUCCAACCCUUUACCAAUUCAGAAAAUGAAAUAGAAUGGAUAAAUAAAUGCAGCACUUUUAAUACCUCCUACUUCAAAUGUAAGAGCAUUAGAAAAACGUAUACUUGCUUGGAAGAAACAAAAGAUGGUUUGGUUUGGCCAACAACGGCAAUAGGAAAAAUUGCCAUUUCAAAGAACUGUUCAGAGACUCCUAUAAAAAGAAGUUGUGAAGGAAAUUUCACAUUUGGUGCUUCAUGGUCAACACCAACAGGUACCUAUACGGUUUGCGAUAAAGUCACCAACCAACUUCAUGACUUAUUCGUAUCAAAUAAUAUGGAAGAAACUAUUGAAGUUUUAAGUAAUAUGUCGGCCAACUUUCAUAAAACUGUAACGUUGAUGCAGAUGCAGUAUUCAGCAAUGCUUGUUUUAAAUUUUGCCAGGUCUUUAACUUCAACUACUGGUAACGACAGUUUUUACAACGUGGUUGAUAAUAUGAUGAGAAGUGACAGAUCGGUUUUAAAAGAAUCACAAUCCGAAAUGAAUUCAACUGAUAUUGUAUUGGAUUCAUUGGAAACAUUUAAUCUGAAACAAGAUGUUGAUGUGGAAAUCAACAGUGAAGUUUAUUUCGUGAGGAAGAACCGAAUUAGCUCGACACACGUUGGUUGGAUGGUAUUUAAAAACAACACUUUAAAGCCCAUUUCGGAGCAGAAUAAUCAGGGGGAAAUUUUGGGGGAGGGUCCUAUAGUGGUUGCUUAUUUUACAGGAAUUUCACAGUUCAAUAAUUCUCAUACAGCAAUUUUUUCAUUUUUCAAAGAUAAUAGUUUAUUCAAUGAUGAUAAUGCCAGUAGUUUACCAUGGGUUGUAAGUGUCUCAGUUCCUGGGUUCGAUGAAAAACUAAUUUCGCCCAUCCGAAUUCUUUUAAAACGGACUGAUAAUAAGUUUAAAACGCUUUCUUGUUCCCAUUGGUACUAUGGUCGAGAUGAAGAAGAAUUAAACAUACAAGGGUUUUGGAAGAAUGAUAACACUACAUCAUUGCAGGAUGGUGAAUAUUUGACUUGUGAAUAUAAUCACAUGACUAAUUUCGGAAUGCUUCUUAGUGAUGAAGCGAAAGAUAGUUUCGUGCUGAACUUCAUCACCAUAGUGGGAAUUUCUUUAUCUAUAACUGGGGCGUUAUCAGUUAUAGCUUCGUCUCUUAUUUUUAAGAACGUAAGGGAUAAGAAAAAUAUCGUUAUAAUUUUAAAUUUUGUCUCGAGUAUCAUCCUAUUGCCGCUGGCUUUAUUUGUUUCCAAUGUUAUCGAUGAAGGCACCUCCUGUAAAGUUGCAGGUAUGUUUCUUCAUUACUGCCUAUUAACUCAGUCCUCUUGGACUGUAGUGUUAUCAUAUUUUCAAUACAGACGGUACGUGCAAGUAUUUGUGAAUUACAAGCAAAACAUUUUGCGAAAAAGUUGCUUGGUUGGUUGGUUGGUACCACUUCUUCCGGUGGUUUUAUUAGCAAGCAUUUCCGUGAAUUCGUACCACAAGAACGAAUCCAACUUGUGUUACUUAUCAGGGUUUAAUAUUAAAAUGUUUGUUGUGGCCCCUAUUUUGGUUAUAUUAACUUUUAAUAUUUCCAUAUUUAUUUAUAUAAUCUACUCCAUAAUGCAUUCUGUGCAGACUUCAAAUAAUUUUAACAAAAAAUCGUUGGUAUACAGUGUUAUUAAACUGUCUUACUACCUGUUUUCUUUAUUCGGUCUCUCCUGGUUGUUUGGUUUGAUUUUUGCAUUCACAGGAAACAUCUACCUUAAUUACAUAUUUACAUUGACAACAUCGUUACAGGGAUUUGUCGUUUGUUUUCAUUACGUGAUAAAUAUAAAACAAAAACAGUAUAAACUCAAUAUGUCAGCCAAUACUUCAAGAACUAACAACAAAAUGAAAUCCAAUGAUACAGCAGUGUUUAAAUUAAAAGAAAGUGGUUGACUAAUUCAUUCUUGUAUGAGCAAAUUUAUAAUACACUUUUGUAAACUUUUUUCAAAUUAUUCGUCAUAUUUUUAAAACUAAUUGGUGAUUUAAGUAAGUGACAAAGCUUAUGUUCCAUUGUCUCCCUAGAAACUGAAGUUAACAUGUUUUUGCGUUUCAAAAAAAAAAUACUGUUUACUGCCCGAAAACUCUAUCUCUAUGUCUAUAGACA